UGUAACAAACACUAGCUUGCUCGCAAGCAUGGUGCUUGUACUACAUAUGUGUAAACAUACUUUGUUUGCUGUAACAAGUUCACGUGUAGGUCUUUCCGGAUUUAGAAGAUACCGAGCUCAAAUGGCGGUACGUUACGAACUUAGCGUUGGACUUAACAAAGGUCGCAAAACUACUAAAGUCAAAAAUGUUAAGUAUGUGGGUGAAAAAAAUGUUAAGGGAUUGCGGGGUUCUCGUUUAAAAAAUAUUCAAACUCGUCAUACAAAAUUCAUGAGAGAUUUGGUUCGUGAAGUUGUCGGUCACGCACCUUACGAAAAACGUGUAAUGGAACUUCUUAAGGUUUCAAAGGAUAAGCGGGCGCUUAAAUUUUUGAAACGCCGAUUAGGAACCCAUAUUCGAGCCAAAAGAAAACGUGAGGAAAUGUCGAGCAUAUUGACCCAAAUGAGAAAAGCACAAACACACGCUAAAUAAGUUAUUGCAACAAUUUAAAUUGUAAUUAAUAAAUUACUGUGUUUUAUAAAUUAA